CAUAGGUAUAAAUGCGGUGCCUUGUCAAACGAAAGGCAAGAAGUCCUCAGACCUUCACUGCCUGGUGUAACUCCCACCUCAGGAAAGCUGGCACCCAGAUUGAGAACAUCGAGGAGGACUUCAGGAACGGCCUGAAGCUCAUGCUGCUGUUGGAAGUCAUCUCAGGGGAAAGGCUGCCCAAACCUGACCGAGGAAAAAUGCGAUUCCACAAAAUUGCCAAUGUCAACAAAGCCUUGGAUUACAUCGCGAGCAAAGGUGUGAAGCUAGUGUCCAUCGGGGCUGAAGAAAUUGUUGAUGGCAACGUGAAGAUGACGCUGGGCAUGAUCUGGACCAUCAUCCUCCGCUUUGCUAUUCAGGACAUUUCAGUUGAAGAAACCUCUGCCAAAGAAGGCCUGCUGCUGUGGUGUCAGCGGAAAACAGCGCCGUACAGAAACGUCAACAUUCAGAAUUUCCACACCAGCUGGAAGGACGGCCUCGGUCUCUGUGCGCUCAUCCACCGGCACCGGCCCGACCUCAUUGACUACUCAAAGCUGAACAAGGAUGACCCAGUAGGAAAUAUUAACCUGGCCAUGGAAAUUGCAGAGAAGCAUCUGGACAUUCCCAAAAUGCUGGAUGCUGAAGACAUUGUGAACACCCCCAAACCGGACGAAAGGGCCAUCAUGACGUACGUGUCCUGUUUCUACCAUGCUUUCGCGGGCGCGGAGCAGGCCGAGACAGCAGCUAACAGGAUAUGUAAGGUUCUUGCUGUGAAUCAAGAGAAUGAGAGGCUGAUGGAAGAAUAUGAGAGGCUAGCGAGUGAGCUUUUGGAAUGGAUCCGCCGCACGAUCCCCUGGCUGGAGAAUCGGACCCCUGAGAAGACCAUGCAGGCCAUGCAGAAGAAGCUGGAGGACUUCCGGGAUUACCGCCGGAAGCACAAGCCCCCGAAGGUGCAGGAGAAGUGCCAGCUGGAGAUCAACUUCAACACCCUGCAGACCAAGCUGCGGAUCAGCAACCGGCCAGCCUUCAUGCCCUCCGAGGGCAAGAUGGUGUCGGACAUCGCCGGGGCCUGGCAGAGGCUGGAGCAGGCAGAGAAGGGCUACGAGGAGUGGCUGCUGAACGAGAUCCGGAGGCUGGAGCGCGUGGAGCACCUGGCCGAGAAGUUCAGGCAGAAGGCGUCCACGCACGAGACCUGGGCUUAUGGCAAAGAACAGAUCUUGCUGCAGAAGGAUUACGAGUCAGCCACGCUGACCGAGGUGCGGGCCCUGCUGCGGAAGCAUGAGGCCUUCGAGAGCGACCUGGCGGCCCACCAGGACCGCGUGGAGCAGAUCGCAGCCAUCGCGCAGGAGCUCAAUGAGCUGGACUAUCAUGACGCUGUGAAUGUCAAUGAUCGGUGCCAGAAAAUCUGUGACCAGUGGGACAGACUGGGGACGCUUACGCAGAAGCGGCGAGAGGCCUUGGAGAGAACUGAGAAAUUGCUAGAAACCAUCGAUCAGCUUCACCUAGAGUUUGCCAAGAGAGCUGCUCCUUUCAACAACUGGAUGGAGGGCGCCAUGGAGGACCUGCAGGACAUGUUCAUUGUCCACAGCAUCGAGGAGAUCCAGAGUCUGAUCACUGCCCACGAGCAGUUCAAGGCCACGCUGCCCGAGGCAGAUGGCGAGCGGCAGUCCAUCAUGGCCAUUCAGAACGAGGUGGAGAAGGUCAUUCAGAGCUACAACAUCCGGAUCAGCUCCAGCAACCCCUACAGCACCGUCACCAUGGAUGAGCUCCGGGCCAAGUGGGACAAGGUGAAGCAGCUUGUGCCCAUCCGGGAUCAGUCCCUGCAGGAGGAGCUGGCCCGCCAGCACACCAAUGAGCGACUGCGGCGCCAGUUUGCAGCGCAGGCCAACGCCAUUGGGCCCUGGAUCCAGAACAAGAUGGAGGAGAUUGCCCGGAGCUCCAUCCAGAUCACAGGGGCCCUGGAGGACCAGAUGAAUCAGCUGAAGCAGUACGAGCACAACAUCAUCAACUACAAAAACAACAUCGACAAGCUGGAGGGAGACCACCAGCUCAUCCAGGAGGCGCUGGUCUUCGACAACAAGCACACCAACUACACCAUGGAGCACAUUCGUGUUGGAUGGGAGCUGUUGCUGACGACCAUCGCCAGAACCAUCAAUGAGGUGGAGACGCAGAUCCUGACCAGGGACGCCAAGGGCAUCACCCAGGAGCAGAUGAACGAGUUCAGAGCCUCCUUCAACCACUUUGACCGGAGGAAGAAUGGCCUGAUGGACCAUGAGGAUUUCAGAGCCUGCUUGAUUUCCAUGGGCUACGAUUUGGGUGAAGCCGAAUUUGCCCGCAUCAUGACUCUGGUGGAUCCCAACGGACAGGGCACUGUCACCUUCCAGUCCUUCAUCGACUUUAUGACCAGAGAGACAGCUGAUACCGACACCGCUGAGCAGGUCAUCGCCUCCUUCCGGAUCCUGGCCUCUGAUAAGCCGUACAUCCUAGCCGAGGAGCUGCGGCGCGAGCUGCCCCCGGACCAGGCGCAGUACUGCCUGGGGCGCAUGCCAGCCUACAAGGGCCCGGGCGCCGUGCCGGGGGCCCUGGACUACGCUGCCUUCUCCUCCGCGCUCUACGGGGAGAGCGACCUGUGAGGCCAGGGGCCUGAGCCACCAGCCACCGUGCAGUGAAAGACUGAUAGGCCUGGUUAAGUGAAGGGACAGGGAAAGCUUAUGCAGUUCAGUAAUGGCCAGCAAUGUGAUGGCUGAAAUUCAGUUUCUAAGAUUUAUGGCAUAGUGUGCUUCAUAGGUAGGUUUCUUUAUUUCUGAACUGUUAGCUAAAUGCAAUGAAAUAUCAGGGUUUUUUGUUUGUUUCUUUGAUAAAACAAAGCAAAUUACUUGAGUAGUAUGAAAUUAGGAGGAUCUAGGGACAGAAGAAAAGUACAAAAUGGGGAACUCCCAAAUACCCAGGAUUUAAGACCAGGGAAAAAAGGUAAAUGUUUGAUAUCUUUAAAAAUAUUCUUGUAUCUAAUAGGCUUAUGUGAUUAUCACUGGGGAAAUAUAUUUGGGAUAUUAAUAUUUUACUUUCUUAUCCAAAGAUUAGCAAUAUUUAAGUAUAAAUGGUACUAUCGUACCUUUAGUUGAAUUUAAUAUUGUGAGAUGGAACUUCCAGGGACUAGAAUCAGACUACCCGAAAUAUCUGUAGUACUUAAACAUUUUAAAAUAAAGAUUAUAGUCAGCUCUUCAUUGUUUAGGACUAUGCAGUCCAGUGAGUGGGUUUCAAUGCCUUACUUACCCUCCCAAGUAGAGACCUCAGGAAACACAAGUCAGUCUCAUUGCCAGAGAGGAAGAUGCAGCCACGAGGUAAAACGAGUGUUUUAGGAUUAUGUCUUGAUUCCAGGUUUCUGUACUUUUCCUAGAGCUCGUUAGUACAGGUCCCCAAAAGAUGACUGUAGGUGAGUGCUGUUUUUAAAUAAAUAGGUUUGUGUAGUGAUAGUUCCUAACAGGAGACAGGUCAGAAACUGGCACCCUUAUAGCUCACCAGGCCCAACUUCUCCCUUACGCCUUUGGUGUUCUGACCUGGUCAGGAGGAGCUAGUAGGGAAGGGCUCAUUCUUAGCAGCAGUAGAGGUAAGUUCUUGCAUUGCAGAACCUUUAUCUAUUUGGGGGGAAUUCAUUUUGUAUAGUAGGAAUGACUAGAUGCUUUGCCAGCACUCCGCGUGUGGUCACUGCUGUGACUGGAUGCCCAUCCUAUGAGCUCUGGGUCUGGCUCUGUCCACCUGGAGCCCCAUUACAGAGGACACCACACAGGCUCCCAGCAUCAUCUGAUCUCUUGAAUGUUCAUUUGUUCUAAUGCUUGAGCUGCCAUAUGCUAUGACUCCCCCCUCUGUUUUUCCAUCUUGUUGACAGCUUGUAGAGAAUAAAGCAGGAAUUCUGUUUACAUCUGAGUCCUUAAUGAUCAGAAAAUGGAUUAUAAACAAACCAAAACAGUUGCAAACGGCAAGUCAUGUGUUACUAGAAAAGCAGUAAUGUGCCUGUCACCCAGUUUUCUCAGAUUUUUGUGGAUCUCCACCAACAGCCAGAAAUGUAGUAUUUUCCAUUCAUUACCAUUUGGUAACUUCAUACUUUUACUACAUUGGCCCAUUUAUAACCUUCAACCUUUAUAAAUUUCAUUUAAUUUGCUUCAUUAAGUAGUUGAUAGUUAGCAAAUUCCUGAAAUACCCGAGUCCUUGUGUGUAAUGCCCAAAACUUUGGGUGAUAUUUAGAGGAAAUCUGACUCCUUGUUUUAUUUCAAGCAGGUGCUAUAUUCCAGCCACAAACAUUAAGGAAAAACUGGGAAGUCAUUUUGCCUUUGAGGCUACUAGGGGGACUUGAGGUACUUUAGGAUGGAUACAGGUAGCUCAUCUACCUAAAAUUUUAAUUUCUUUACAAUAUUCAGGCAAGAGAAUAGAUCAGUACUAUCUGCUAUUAAAUGAAGAAAGGAGAUAAAUCUCUGAAAAACACUUAAUAAACAUGUUUAUACUCUCA